AGAGCCUGAGAGAUGGCUGCGGCUGCUUUGGGUUCUGAGCUGUCUAUUGAAACUUUCUCCAGCAUUUCCAACUCUUUGAACUUGUAUUCCGGAAAAUACUACAUGAUCGGCAAUGGAACAGUGCUAUCCACAAGAGAGCAGACUGCUGAAAGAGAAACUAAUAACUGUAUUUCCUGUAAGCCCUGACCAAGCAAUACAGAUGUGCUGCAAUGGUGACAUAAACUAUUGACUGAGACUGGGGAAAUAGUUCAACACCAUCUUUUCUUUUAUUCUUCAUGGUGCUUCUCGGAGUAGUCAAAGAACAUACCCACAGCAUGAGUUUUAUCAUGAAGCUUCACAGACACUUUCAACGGACAGUUAUUCUGCUCGCCACUUUUUGUAUGGUGAGCAUUAUUAUUUCUGCUUACUACCUGUACAGUGGCUACAAACAGGACAACGAACUCUCUGAGGUGGCUUCAGAAGUGGACUGUGGUGACCUUCAACACAUAGCAUAUAGGCUAGCAGAAGUGAAAACAGUGAAGAUUUCUGAUCCCUUGCAAACUGACCCCAUGGUUCUGGUGUUUGUGGAAAGCCAGUACUCAUCCCUGGGUCAAGACAUUAUUAUGAUUCUAGAAUCAAAUAGGUUCCAGUAUCACAUUGAAAUUGCUUCUGGAAAGGGAGACCUCCCAGCACUUACAAACAAAACUAAAGGGAAAUAUAUUCUCAUUAUUUAUGAGAAUAUUUUAAAGUAUAUAAACAUGGACUCCUGGAAUAAAAGCCUUUUAGACAAGUACUGUGUAGAAUAUGGUGUGGGUAUCAUUGGAUUCCACAAAACUAGUGAGAAGAGUACACAAAGCCUUCAGUUGAAAGAUCUCCCUGUUUCUAUAAAUGGAAACCUUGCAGUGAAGGAUUGCUGUAUCAAUCCUCAUUCCCCAGUGCUUCAUGUGACCAAAUCAUCCAAGCUUGAAAAGGGUUCUUUACCUGGAAAUGACUGGACAGUUUUUCCAAUUAACCACUCAGCCUACCAACCAGUAAUAUUUGCCAAAGUUAAGACUCCAGAAAACCUUUCUCCUCCCAUCUCUAAAGGUGCUUUCUAUGCCACAGUCAUCCAUGACCUGGGCCUUCAUGAUGGGAUUCAACGAGUUCUUUUUGGCAACAACCUGAACUUUUGGCUGCACAAGCUCAUCUUCAUAGAUGCUAUUUCCUUCUUGUCGGGAAAGAGACUUACCUUGUCGUUGGACAGGUACAUCCUUGUGGACAUUGAUGACAUAUUUGUGGGGAAGGAAGGAACGAGAAUGAACACCAAUGAUGUUAAGGCCCUGCUUGACACUCAGAAUCUUUUGCGUACACAAAUCACAAAUUUUACAUUCAACCUUGGAUUUUCAGGGAAAUUUUACCAUACAGGAACAGAAGAGGAAGACAAAGGGGAUGACUGUCUAUUGGGGUCUGUGGAUGAGUUCUGGUGGUUUCCUCAUAUGUGGAGUCAUAUGCAGCCUCACCUCUUCCACAAUGAAUCAUCUUUGGUGGAGCAGAUGAUUCUCAACAAAAAAUUUGCCUUAGAGCAUGGCAUUCCCACAGACAUGGGCUAUGCAGUGGCCCCUCACCACUCAGGUGUCUACCCUGUGCACGUUCAGCUUUACGAGGCCUGGAAGAAGGUUUGGGAUAUUAAAAUCACCAGCACUGAAGAAUAUCCACAUCUGAAACCGGCUAGACAUCGGAGAGGCUUCAUCCACAAAAACAUCAUGGUUCUUCCGAGACAGACCUGUGGGCUUUUUACUCAUACAAUUUUCUACAAAGAAUAUCCAGGAGGUCCAAAGGAACUGGACAAGAGUAUUCAAGGAGGUGAACUCUUCUUCACUGUAGUACUCAAUCCAAUCAGUAUUUUCAUGACACAUUUGUCUAAUUAUGGAAACGACAGACUGGGUUUAUACACCUUUGUGAACCUGGCCAAUUUCGUGCAGACUUGGACCAACCUACGUCUUCAGACUCUGCCCCCAGUGCAGCUGGCUCACAAAUACUUUGAGCUCUUUCCUGAUCAGAAAGACCCUCUCUGGCAGAAUCCUUGUGAUGACAAACGCCACAGAGACAUUUGGUCUAAAGAAAAAACCUGUGAUCGCUUACCAAAAUUCCUGGUGAUAGGACCCCAGAAAACUGGUACCACUGCUUUGUAUUUGUUCCUGCUUAUGCAUCCCUCCAUCCUUAGUAACUCCCCCAGCCCAAAAACCUUUGAGGAGGUACAGUUCUUUAAUAGAAAUAACUACCACAGGGGGAUUGAUUGGUAUAUGGAUUUCUUCCCUGUUCCAUCCAAUGUCACCACUGACUUUCUAUUUGAGAAGAGUGCCAAUUACUUCCAUUCAGAGGAAGCUCCUAGAAGGGCUGCUUCACUGAUCCCUAAGGCUAAGAUCAUCACCAUUCUCAUUGACCCAUCAGACCGAGCCUACUCCUGGUACCAGCAUCAGCGAUCACAUGAAGACCCUGCAGCUCUCAAGUUUAGUUUCUACGAAGUGAUCUCUGCUGGGCCCCGUGCACCCUGGGAACUUAGAACCUUGCAGAAGAGAUGCCUGGUCCCUGGGUGGUAUGCCAUCCACAUUGAGAGAUGGCUUGUGUAUUUCCCCCCCUUUCAGUUGCUAAUUAUUGAUGGGCAGCAGCUAAGAACGGACCCUGCAACAGUGAUGGAUGAAGUCCAGAAGUUUCUAGGCGUAUCACCCCAUUUUAAUUACUCUGAAGCUUUAACGUUUGAUUCUCACAAAGGCUUUUGGUGUCAGUUACUGGAAGAAGGUAAAACAAAAUGCCUUGGAAAGAAUAAAGGAAGAAAAUACCCACCAAUGGAUACUGAUAGCAGAGCAUUUCUGUCAAGCUACUACCGAGAUCACAACAUAGAGCUCUCUAAGCUGUUGCACAGACUGGGCCAGCCUCUUCCAUCCUGGCUGAGACAGGAGCUGCAGAAAGUGAGAUAGCACUGAGAGAAAAGAAAACUCAAGCAUUAUUAUUUCAUGACUAGCACACACCGUUUCCAAAGCUUACAGAGCUACCAAAAAGGCUGUCAAAAAUAUACCUCUUCAAACAACAACAGAAAAGAAAGAAAGAAAGUUCCGUCCAUGUGCUGGCAUGUGGAUUAUUUUUGGAGGAAAAGAAAAUAAAAUAUCUCUUAUAAACAUCGAGGCCUAUGGCCUUCCUCUUAACCCAUAUCUGAGCCUGGAGCAUAUUACAGUCUACUGUGCACUCAUAGGGAAACCAAUAGCAACCAAUAUCAAUUAAAAAAAAAAACACAAAUGCCAAGCUAUUCCAUUUCAUCAUAAUAUUUACACUGUUGCAUAAUAACUAAACUCAUGUCUCUGUAGAUUUUGGAACCACUGUUUGCCUGUAAAGUGUUUUAUUAUUCUUUGAUUCUAUGAAAUAUCCUGCAGAAGAACUAAAAGAAACACACAAUGUAACACAAAAUUCCAAAAACAUAACAUUUAUGAAAACAUUUUCAAAUUUGAAAUCCACUGACAUAUUUAGAAAGAAUUACAAAUGAGAAUUUGUGCUCAAUCUGAGAGUAGAAAGUUAUAUAUAUGAUUUAUAUCCAUUAACAGGAAGCAAAAGACAAGUACUACAACAAAGAAAAGUAAUUUUGAUUUAAAUGGCCUAGUACACUUACAUAUAAAUUAUUAAUUCUUCCAUCAUAUCAUAAUUAUUAUACUGAAGUAUAUGUUAUAAAACUGUUGGAUGGUACUGAUUAUACCAAAAUAAUAAAUAAUAAUGUGAGUGUGCUGAUACAUUCUCUAAGAGAAAGACACAAUAAGGAAUUAGAGAGACAACAUUGAGAAAUCUGUGUUCACUGUGAGCCUAUUCAAGUCCUCUCAAGGAGUACUGAAAUGUGUAUAUGGGGUCUACAGUAAGUGUCAUCUCUAGAAACAGAGUGACUGUUGUGUGCAUAGAAUCCACUGAACAAAAUCUACUAAAUGAAAACUGACAGUUUUCUGAGAUGAUUUGUUUAGGCUACUUAUAUGUGUAUUAUUGGAAAAUUACACUUUUCCAGGUAGUUCAAAAUAUAAUUAUAUAACAUACAGAGUUAUGGUAAAGACAAUUUCUAUAUGACUUUGAAUCAAAUGUUUGAAAUGAUACUUCUGCUAUAAGGAAAAAAAAUAAGCAGGAUAAUAUCUCAUUUUGGAGUAUAUUUUGCAUAUUUGUAUCUUCCACAUCUAUGAGAAAUAGUAGAUCAUUGUUAAAUUUACAAAUUAUCUACUAACACAAAUGCAGGAAGUACAAAAUGAGUAAGACACGGUUCUUGAAAUAUAUUUACACUUACAAUUUAAAUUUUAGCAUAUGAAUAAUAUGCAUUCAUAAAGGACCACAAUAAUGCAUAUUUACUUUACUGUGUUAAUGUUUACUGAAUUUUAAAUGUACUUUACACAUAAAUAUAUGUAAUAAAUACAUGUCCUGCUAUGCUUGCAUAAGGUGUGUUUAGAAAAAAAGAUAGGCAAGAAAAACUAAUAGCCUAACUAUUUUGAUUAUUAUAAUGUGAAACACUGUGUUUUUUAAAUUAUUUACUAAUUAGAAACCAAGUUGUGGUAUCUUUCCAAUUGCAUUAAUUUCUUUGUGUACUACUAUCAAUUCAGUUUUUUAAAAAGCUUUUAUGUGCUCACAAAAUGCAUUAAUUUUUAAGUAGUUACCAAAAAGAGAACCUAAUUUUAAGAAGCAACAUCAGAAUCAUUUGAGCACAUCAGUACCUGCUCAGAUACACUAGAACAGUUACCACAGACUUGUAUCCCCAUUAACUUAAGGAAAUUGACUCAAGAGGUUCAGACACAGUGGGACUGGGACCCCACAGUUAAAUACAGUGUCAUUUCCUGUUGAUACCUAUUGACACUAAUUAAAGAAAUAAGGAAAAGCAAACUGAUACAUAUAUGCUUUAAGAUGAUAUAUAUUGGACUUCUAAAUAAAGGGACUACUGUCAUCCUUUUGUCUUGGUAGACAGAGCUAACUAAACAGUUCAUCCAUUAAAAUAAAUGGUAAAAGCAUACUCCAUGUUUAUAUAAUGAAAGAAAAAAAAAGAAAUGAUGGUACUAAAAUAUGCUCAUUCACAAACACAUGUUUAAUCCUGUAUAGAAAAGCAGACCUUUGAAAGGAUUUUUAACCACUCAGUAUGUCUUAGAGAUAGCAACAAAAUCCAGAGGACAUGCAUACCUUUCAUACUGUGAACUCCAGCCAAUGAUUAAGCUAAUCUGAAAGAAACAGAAAUACACAUAAUAAAUGGAUGAGAGAUAACAUGAUUUUAAACUAGCUUUGUGUAGAAUGCCCUUUUUUCAUUGCUUAAAAUAUGGAGCUUCCUCAGGAAGUAAAGAAGUAGUUAUUUCAAUGUUUAUAGCUAUAAUAUUAUUGUCAUUCACAUUGAAUGAAAAUUACUGGAAACAUUUUUUUUCUCCGAGUUCUUUUUAAGAAAAAACUUCAAUAUAAUUCUAAUAAUGGCAUGGUACCUCAUAUGUAUAACAAUAAACUCUGGUAUGAAAAUGAA